UAUGAUAUUAUAUGGAAUAAUGGAAUGGAGAUGUGCAAACAGCUUUGAAUCUUUGAUGCAUUUACACGCUUGCACCAGACUGUAGUUGAACUGGCCAAUAAACUAAAGUGACUGCUCAUCUUUUUUGCCCUAAAAUAAUCAAAACGUUCACAUUAAUUAAUCCAAGUUCCUGAAGUUGGAGAGCUACGACUUCACAUACAUAGAUACAGAAACUCUCUGCACAAUCGUCGGAUCUAUAUGAGUUCUUGAAGCUUGAAUUUGGUCGUUGCAAUUGAAUUUCUGCUGAUCUUGUCUGUCUACUUUCUGAUUGAGAAGGUGAAGGGGAAAAGAUGAGUGAGGGGAAGCAGUUUCAGCUUGGCACCAUUGGAGCUUUGUCUCUGUCUGUUGUUUCAUCUGUAUCGAUCGUCAUUUGCAAUAAGGCGCUUAUGAGUACUCUAGGUUUCAAAUUCGCGACAACUCUGACAAGCUGGCAUCUGCUAGUUACUUUUUGUUCCCUCCAUGUAGCGUUAUUGAUGAAACUAUUUGAGCACAAACCUUUCGAUCCAAGAACUGUGAUUGGAUUUGGCAUUCUCAAUGGGAUCUCGAUUGGAUUACUGAACCUUAGCCUCGGUUUCAAUUCAGUAGGUUUCUAUCAGAUGACAAAGCUUGCCAUUAUCCCUUGCACAGUAAUACUUGAGACACUUUUCCUUAGCAAAAAAUUCAGUAGGAGCAUUCAGCUUUCUUUGUUCAUUCUUCUUCUUGGCGUCGGGAUUGCGACUGUAACUGAUCUGCAGCUAAAUAUGCUGGGCUCUGUCCUGUCACUGCUGGCCGUGCUUACAACCUGUGUUGCUCAAAUUAUGACAAAUACCAUUCAAAAGAAGUUUAAGGUUUCUUCGACACAGUUGUUGUAUCAAUCUUGUCCUUACCAGGCAAUGACUCUAUUCUUCUCUGGUCCGUUUCUGGAUAAGCUUCUGACUAAACAAAACGUUUUCGCCUUCAAGUACACACCGCAAGUUCUGGUUUUUAUUGUUUUGUCCUGCUUGAUAUCCGUCUCCGUUAAUUUUAGCACAUUCCUCGUGAUUGGAAAGACAUCCCCCGUCACCUACCAGGUUCUCGGCCAUCUUAAAACCUGUCUAGUACUAGCUUUCGGUUAUAUCUUACUACGCGACCCAUUUAGCUGGAGAAAUAUUACGGGCAUCAUGGUUGCGUUAAUGGGGAUGGUUCUAUACUCGUAUUACUGCACUCGUGAGAGUCAAAGAAAAGCUACGGAAGCAUCUCUGCAACUCCAGCAAAAGGAAGACCAAUUGCCGCUAGUACAAUUAGAAAAUGGCACCGGUGUUAUAAGCGAUAUUGCUGCGCCUAAACUUCCUUCCGGGAAAGAUCUUCAGGCUUGAAGUUUUGCGUGUUUGAAGCAACUACUAUACAAACCGAAUUCGUUUGCAACUAUUUGCGCUAUGGUGAAGUUGGCGAGUUGCAGUGUCGCACAAGCACAGCAUAAAGGAGGCUGUUGUUGUGUAAGAGUUAUCAUGUGAGUAACAAGAAUUACCCACUUUUCCACAUAUGUAUUAUUGGUUGAAUUUUUAUCAUAACACUAUUUAGUUGUAAACAAAAAGGUAUACAAUUUUUUUUUUGUUCCAUCUGCUAAAUUUUACACUUUUGCAAUCUGUACUAUGUAUAUCAGUUUCUGUUUAUAUAUAUGCUUUUAGCUGGAAGUGAAA